AUGGGUGCAACACCUCGGACGAGGACGUCACAACGUCCCAAGAGCUUGGCUGCUGGCCGCCCGCCCACAGCUCGGAAGCCCAAGUCACUCUCGCGCAAGGCAACCAAAAGACUCAUUAACACGCAUCACCAACUGGAAAAACGGCGACAGCAAGCUUUGGCCUUAUCCGACACGAAGACGGCAGCACACCUGGAGGCCGAGAUUGAAUCUCUUGGGGGUCUCUCAAAGUAUCAGCAGGCCAGCUUACAGGGCCAGCGUCGUGACCGUGGCGGCGAUAGUUCGCGCGUUCUUAUGCAAUGGCUCGGGGUAGGCGAAUCCAGGACAGGAGUGCCAAAAGCUCCACCGGCCUACUUGUUGGAGUCUCCAUUGCGGAUGCUCGAAGUCGGUGCGCUCAGCCCUGAUAAUGCCUGCUCGGCCAGUGGCUGCUUCCAGAUGGAGCGAAUUGACCUAAACAGCCAGGGCCCCGGAAUCCUACAGCAGGACUUCUUGCAACGGCCUCUGCCUCAGUCCGAUGCUGAGCGGUUUGACGUGAUCAGUCUGUCUCUUGUGCUCAACUAUGUACCACAACAAAACUACCGUGGCGACAUGCUUUUGCGCUGUCUGGAUUUCCUGCACGAGCCCGGAAGGGUUUCGACGGUGGUGACAACGACCGCAACUUCAGGACCAGCAUCCGCGAUUGUGGAGGAUGCUGACAUUGGUCGGCUGUUUCCCAGUGUUUUCAUGGUGCUUCCAGAAGCUUGCGUUACGAACUCGCGUUACCUGACAGAGGAGAAGCUUACGCGCAUGAUGAACGCUCUCGGCUUCGACUUGCUGGAAUCCAAGCUCUCCCAGAGGCUGGUGUAUUACCUUUGGAAGAGGAAGAGGCCAAGACCAAGUUCUAUUCCGAGCUUUUCCAAGAAAGAAUUACGAUCUGGAACAACAAGAAACAACUUCUCAAUCGUUCUCCAGGGCACUUGA